CCAAUGCAGAAUAGUAUCAGAGUGAGGGAGGCAGAGAUACCUCAUCACAGUAUAUAGAGACCCUGGAAGAGUGCUGAGCACAGCAUCAGUCACCGCUCUACAGUAGAUCAUAUGCGGAUACUGGACAACACAGAGCCCCCGACACUUCCAUAAUUCUCAUCUCUGCAGCUCAACAACUUUUGCCAUUUAACGCAAAGUUCGGAAGGACUGAGUAAAGUAACACAAACUGUGAGUUCUCCCAUCAUCUACAUUUUCUCGCAGUAACCUGGAGAAAUACUCAGGGUCCUACCUACAGACAUCGAUCAAAGUGCAGAAGUAAGGAUGUUGCUGUCUUAUUGGUACAUCUCUUUACUUCUCAUGCCAGUCUGCUUGAGGUCCCAGAAAUUACCAACUAGGGAUGAAGAAUUAUUUCAAAUGCAGAUACGAGACAAAGCCAUUUUCCAUGAUUCGUCGGUUGUUCCUGACGGAGCUGAAAUCAGCGGCUAUCUCUUCAGAGACAAUCCUAAAAGAUACUUCUUUGUAGUGGAGGAAGAUAAUACACCCCUGUCGGUUAUCGUCACACCAUGUGAUGCACCACUGGAGUGGAAAUUGACUCUACAGGAACUUCCUGAAGAAGCUAGUGGAGAAGGAUCAGGUGAACCUGAAUCACUUGAGCAGCAAAAACAACAGUUAAUGAAUGAAGAAGGCACGGAAUUAUUCUCGUAUAAAGGCAAUGAUGUGGAAUAUUUUGUGUCAUCAAGUUCACCAGCUGGCUUGUAUCAACUGGAGUUGGUUUCAACAGAAAAAGACACUCAUUUCAAAGUUUAUGCUACAACAACACCAGAAUCGGAUCAGCCUUACCCUGAACUACCUUAUGAUCCGAGAGUUGAUGUGACUUCACUCGGGCGUACAACGGUAACAUUAGCAUGGAAGCCUACACCAACAUCAUCUGUUCUGAAACAACCAAUCCAAUAUUGUGUUGUCAUCAACAAGGAACACAAUUUUAAAAGCAUUUGUGCUGUUGAAGCUAAACUUAAUGCAGAUGAUGCGUUCAUGAUGGCCCCAAAGCCUGGUCUAGAUUUCAGCCCUUUUGACUUUGCCCACUUUGGUUUCUCUUCAAACAACGCUGGAAAGGAUAGAAGUUUUAUGCCAAAAAAUCCUAAUGCAAAGUCGUUAAGGCAAAUAACUGCAAAACCCAACGUGGAUAUUCAGAAGGUUUGCAUUGGAAACAAAAACAUCUUCACAAUCUCUGACCUGAAGCCUGAUACUCAAUACUACUUUGAUGUUUUUGCGGUUAAUACUGGCACAAAUAUGAGCACUGCUUACGUUGGAACAUUUGCUCGAACCAAAGAAGAAGCAAAACAAAAAACACUAGAGCUAAAGGAUGGUAAAGUUACUGAUGUGUUCAUUAAAAGAAAGGGUGCCAAGUUUUUAAGGUUUGCCCCAGUUUCAUCUCACCAAAAGGUAACAUUUUCUGUCCAUUCUUGCUUGGAUGCCAUCCAAAUUCAAGUCAGAAGAGAUGGAAAACUACUUUUGUCACAAAGUGUGGAGGGUGUACGUCAGUUCCAGUUAAGAGGAAAACCAAAAGCAAAAUAUCUAAUUAGACUCAAAGGAAGUAAAAAAGGAGCAUCAAUGUUAAAGAUUCUAGCAACAUCCAAAUUUAAUAAACAGCCAUUCCCUUCUCUUCCCGAAGAUACAAGAAUCAAAGCCUUUGACAAACUACGCACAUGCUCUUCCGUGACCAUAGCAUGGUUGGGCACACAAGAAAGAAACAAAUUUUGUGUGUACAAAAAAGAAGUGGAUGACGACUACAAUGAAGAGCAUAAGAAGAGAGAACAAAAUCAGUGCUUGGGUCCAGACACGAGAAAGAAGUCAGAUAAAGUUCUCUGUAAAUACUUCCACAGCCAAAAUCUCCAAAAGGCAGUCACCACAGAGACAAUUAAAGGACUGCUGCCAGGCAAGACUUACAUGUUGGAUGUUUAUGUCAUGGGUCACGGAGGCCACUCAGUCAAAUAUCAAAGUAAAGUCGUAAAAACAAGAAAGUUUUGUUAGAAUCCUUAUGAACGUUCACAUGAAGCACAUUCCUACAGUUAAAAAUAACGUCUUGUGGAGCUUGGCAGCGGUGGCUUGACAUGUACAGUAGAACUGUGUAGAGCGGUAUCACCUUGUGUAAUACACGUACAAGCUAAAACCGCUAAAAAAAAGUGUCAGAUGGUUGUCAUUGUUAUGUUCUCGGUGCACCAGACCCGAUGCAAACCAGAUGAAAUGAUUAAACGGCAGGAUUUGGAAAACUUAAUAGAAACAACUUCAAUUGCUUCCUGUUCUGCAUGAACUGUUUUUAAAUUAUUUUACGAUAUUCAAACAACUGUGGCAGUCAUAUAACUGUCUUCCUAAUUAUAAAAAAAAUACUAGAGAGGAUAGACUAUCUGUAAAUUAUUUUAUAAAGUCCUAUAAUGUCUGAAAUGUUUAUGUUUUAUCACUGUAAAGUAUCAAAUCAUUUCGUAUUCCAUACAGAUUGAAUUAAAAAAAAAAAAUAACCUUUUUAGUGUCACAGGGAUGCAAGGUCAUACCUCAUAGCAUUAAAAAAGGUUAACACGACUUAACCCUUGUUCAUUCCUUGACUAUUGUACAUUCUGACUAGGUUGGAUUAUUUUUUAAAUAUGUAUUGUAUGUAUAAAGUCGUCACACCUAUAUUCCUGUACAUAUAAAAUUAAAAAUAUGAGAUUAUAUAUUUCUUCUGUUUACUCAGUGUUUAAAUAAAUAAAUGAAGAACUGUGACUUUUGUAUCUAAUAA